CAAUAUAUAUAUAAAAUAAGACGGCGGUAUAUAUUCACGCCCAUUUUGUAAAGGUUGAAAACCGCAGUCCCUAGUUUGCAUUGAAAGCUCACCGGAGAAAUUCCAGCUACGUCCAAUCAAAGCAAAAGCCUCUUCGCUGUUCAGAGUCCUAGCUCGCCAUCUCUAAGGAAAGCUCAACAUGACAACAUCCAAUGGAAGACUUUUACGGUAACAGCAGCAACUCAAAGCCCCCUGGACUCAGGAGCAACCUAAACGGCAGCGCAUCGAUGGACAACCUGUCGCCUCUUGGAAGAGGCCGCUCCCAGCUACUACAACGAGAACAUCGACCUCGGAGAGUCGCAGCUCUUCAGGUACCUCCGCGCGGGGUCUCCGGACUCCUUCAAGUACGCGCCGCUCUCUCCGGUGGAGAACUUGGAUGUGGUGAGGUCGCCGACGGUCUACGCCACGCCAGUGAAGGUGGAGGAGGACGUACUGGUUAUGGAUGGGAUUCUGGUCACCUCAGCAAUUCCAGCUGGAAGGUUCGCGAGGUCCGUCACCGUUUCAGGAGGCCCCGCGACGUUGUCUUCUUCUCCGUCGUCUGGUGGGAAGAGUCUCUACAAGACCGACAUUUGCCGCUCCUGGGAGGAUUCUGGAAGCUGCCGCUACGGCAACAAAUGCCAGUUUGCACAUGGAAAGGAAGAGCUACGCCCAACUCGUUUCCCUGCCAAGAACAAAUCUGAGGCACAGACACACAAGCCAUACAGUAUCUUUGGAACAGGAACAUACGGGCCAAAGAAUCGCUUUGCGUGUCAGCUCAUGGCAGCAGCAUCCCAAACAGCCUCACCUACCAAAGCAGAAGGCACAAGCAAAAACUUGUCCACCACUUGUAUCACUGAAGGCGAUUGGUCUCCCCAAGAUGAUGGCAUUGAGGUUGUGCUGCCACAUUCUUCAACUGGAAAGCCUCCAUCAAGGAAAGACGUUAAUGCCUAUGUUGAGAGUGUUCUUUAUGGUCCUAGCAAGAAAAAGAGAUUGCCGGUGUUUGAUGAAAUUUGCUCCUGAUGGUUUCUCACAACAAUCUAUAUACUAUACAUAAAUACUUGCUCUUCUAAUAUUUGGGCCUCUUAGUUGGUGUGAUUAGAGGUAAUUGGGAUUAGAAUAAUCCUCCUACACUUGUGUGUCGCUUUGCUUUUCUGAUGACUCAUUUACUAUACUACCUCCAUACAAACAAUUACAAUAUUAUUACAUUUUGAUGCAGU